GCAUCUACCACGUGAGCUAAUCGCACUUCCUCUAAAUGUUACCCUCUCUUUCUUUCCUUCUCUCUCAUAUACAUUCUUCUCUUUGACUGUCCCACCAUCUCUAACCGUGGGAUCAGCUAAAGACAGCACCGCAACCGUACCAUCAGAUGAGCAGCACUAGAGCCAUGCAGAAUGUAUCGAAGCCGCCUCCUCCACUGGUGCUGCCUCCAGGAGCCGUAGCCAUGAGGAUCAAAAGCUCGACUGGCACCGGCGAACGUCUGAGUCAAACCAAAUCCAUGGUCAUACCUGACCUCGACACGGCACAGAAACCGCUUAACCGCCAUCGCAGGAAUCAGUCCCAACACAACACCAGUCAUGGACUACAGCAGCUCCAGCCUCAGUUACACGGGGUUUAUCUGAACAAAGCCAAGAUCUCUGAAGGAGGAAAGAAACUCAAGAAAAGCUGGACAUUAACCUGGGUUGUACUUUCAUCGAAUGAGCUGCAUUUUUACAAGGAGAGCAAGCACGAAGCAGUGGCCAGUUUGAAACCAGGAACAAAACCAGAAGGAGUAGACCUCUGCGGCGCCAUCGUGGACUGGACGACAGAAAAGUCAAGUCGGAAGAACGUCAUUCAGAUAACAACAAGGUCUGGUGAGGAGCUGCUCCUGCAGGCAGACGAUUACCCAACAAUAAGUAAAUGGCAUGAUGCCAUCAAAAGAACAGCGGACAGAUCGCCCGGUGCAGAUGCAGGGUCCGGCGGAGGAAAGGCCACAUUGCAAAGGUCUAGCAGCACAGAGUGUCUGCCCAGACGAGCCAAUGACUCAACAAAAUCCAAAGCCAAAGAGCCGAAAUCAGAGAACAGACGCUCUCUCAUAUUCAAGCUGAACUACAGUGCCUCAGACAGCGCGGAUAAGAACGGGGUCAAAAAUCGCCUCAAGAAGUUCAUCUCCAGACGGCCCUCCAUGAAAACGCUCCAGGAGAAAGGCCUCAUUAAAGAUUGCGUCUUUGGAUGUCACAUGUUGACUUUGUGUCAGCGUGAAGGGACCACGGUUCCCAAAUUUGUCCAGCUGUGUGUCAAGGAAGUGGAAAAACGAGGGCUUGAGGCUGAUGGCAUAUACAGGGUGAGUGGCAACCUGUCCACUAUUCAGAAACUACGCUUCCUAGUUGACCAAGAGGAGGAGCUGAAUUUGGGCGACAGCCAAUGGGAGGACAUUCAUGUCAUCACCGGUGCGCUAAAGAUGUUUUUCCGCGAACUGCCAGAGCCUCUGUUUCCCUUUCGUUUUUUCGAAAUGUUCGUGGAGGCCAUAAAAUCAAAGGAGCAGAAGCAGAAGGUCCAGGCGCUAAAGAAGCUUGUCAAUCAACUCCCCAAACCCAACCACAACACCAUGAAGUUGCUAUUUUAUCACCUGCAGAGAGUUUUGACAAAGUCAAGGCAAAACCUCAUGUCAAGCCAAGGCGUCAGCAUUGUUUUUGGACCGACUCUUAUGUGGCCUGAGCUUGACGCAGGGAACAUGGCAGUCAACAUGCUGUACCAGAACCAGAUAGUGGAAUUCAUGCUCAUUGAAUGCGUGGAGAUCUUUGGACCAGAAUCCAAGUAACAAGUGCUGAAAUAUACACCGAUCAGUCAUAACAUUAACACAACAAAACAUUAACACGUUAACACUGAUUAUCAAUUAUAACCAGUGAACUGGUGACAUGAUCAUGGGCACCCAAGGCUCACCCAUGCCCGCAGGAAACAAAAGUCAGCCCAUCCGGUCUGAUCUCCACAGAAAAGGUGAGGUGUUGUGGAGCCGUGCGCUGUCCAGUGGCACAAGGGGAAUAUACACAAUAAUGGCCAUCAUGUUUUUCAUUAUAAUGUUAUGGCUGAUCGGUGUAAAAGGAGCCAUUUUAUGAUAGGACUACUUGUACAUUUGUUUUUUAUGUGAAAAUCAGACAACAAUGUAAAGAAAAAGGGCACUUGCAGGACUUUUUAGCCCUCGAAGCAAAUGCAUUUCUUAGUGAAGUUUUAAACCAAGUAGAUUUUGUGCAGCUUUUGUCUUGGGUUUGUCUUCGCACACAAAGAUUGUACAAUAUAAAACAAUUUAGUGGCUAUAAGUUGAUAAUAGUCACAUUAAAAUGUACAGUAAUAGCAAUAAAUAACUUUCUAGACUGAUAAAUAAACAUUUAGGUCACUUACGGUACGGUUAAUCCAUUUAAAGCAUUUUGAGCCCUGGUGAUUCCUAAGCAGUUUAGUCUUUUUGAUGUGUAAAUGGUUACAUGGUUUCCUCUUUGUUUUUUUAACCAUUGUGUCAUAAAGACUUGUGUAUUCAUGUAAAUAAUAA